AUGGUUUUGGAAGCUGGUUCAUAUCCGAUAGAGACCAUAAAACACCCCGGCGAGUUUGACACAAUGUUGAAAACGGUUCUGUAUCCUAAAAACUACGAUUCAGUUUCGGGAUGGAUUCCCGAUGUCGGUGACGGAGAAGUUUUAAAAGAACCGGUCAGAACUGUAGCAAAUGACACAGACCUUGAUAGGAUAAGGGUAGUUGCUAGAAACACACUGGAAAGAGUGACUCGCGGAGUAAAUCACGGAUUUGAAAAACGAGCGCUUCAACAAUGUUGUCGAGAACAACAGAUGGGUCAAUUACGUAAAUUGGAAGUUGUAUCCUUUAUUUGGUCUCUUGGAACACAGAAAGGUUUCCAUAGGUUUGCCGUAUAA